UGCUCAUAAACCACACAAGCAACCAACAUUUUCUUAUUCUCUCAAUACAUACCAGUUUCAUUCUCCUCUUGUGUUAAAUUAAAUUCCCCUUUCAUUCUAUCAUGGGUGUUUUCACUUUCCAGGAUGAGACUACCUCCACUGUUGCCCCAGCUAGGCUUUACAAAGCUCUCACCAUAGAUGGUGAUUCCAUCAUCCCAAAGGUUCUUCCAGGCUUCAAAAGUGUUGAAAUUGUUAAAGGAAAUGGCAGUGCCGGAACCAUCAAGAAGAUCACUUUCGAGGAAGAUGGCAAAACCAAGGACCUGUUGCACAAAAUUGAAUCAAUUGAUGAGGCCAAUUUCGGAUACAGCUACAGCAUCAUUGGAGGUUCUGACCUUCCAGACACAGUGGAGAAGAUCUCAUUUGAGGCCAAAUUGGUUGCAGGGCCUGAUGGAGGUUCCAUUGCAAAGCUCACAGUGAACUACCACACCAAAGGUGACGCUAGCCCCUCUGAAGAGGAGAUCAAGGCUGGCAAGGCCAAGGGUGAUGGUCUUUUCAAGGCGGUCGAGGGUUACGUUUUGGCCAACCCUGAUUACAACUAAAGCCUCUCUAACUCAAAGUGCUUGCUUAUAGAUGGUGUGAUCCAUCACAUAUUGUUCAGUGUGUUCAAUUUGGCUGUCAAUAUGAUUUCCUUUUUUAUUUUCUUUGCUUUUGCUGCGGAGUUGUGAGAUUCCAUAUUGUCUAUGAGUGUUGUACCUCCCUUCAUCAAUAAAUAAAGGAAAAUGCUUGGUUUUA